AUGAGAUGUUGCCCUAAGCAUGACAAUGAAGAUGUAGCCCAGAUGCUUAUGACAACAUCUGGAGGGAAGGUGACCAUGAGGGAUAGGCAUAUUGAUCCAACAAUUGUACGGGAGAUAGUGAUGACAUUGAUAGUGAAGAAUGAAUUACCUCUCAAAUUUAUAGAGUAUGACAAUUUUAGAAAAUUAAUGUUGUAUAUUUGGCCAGAGUACAAACCUAUAUCUAGGAACACUCAAAUGUCAGAUAUUCAUAAAUUAUGGAAAAGGAAGAACGAAAAGACCAAGGAGUUAAUCCUAAGUUCUCUAGGAAGGGUUUCUUUGACUACUGAUCUUUGGACUUCCAUCACUAAUGAUGGUUACAUUGUCCUCACAGCUCAUUAUAUUGAUAGAUUAUGGGUUUUGCAAAAGAAGAUGCUCAGAUUUACUAUCUUGCCACCUCCGAAUGCUGGUGCUCAUAUUAGUGAAGCAAUUGGGAAGAUGUUGAUGGAAUUGGGGAUCGAAAUGAAACUAUUUUCUUUUACAGUAGAUAAUGCUAGUUCUAAUGAUUUGUUUGUGAAAUUUUUAAAGAGUAAAUUAAAUGCAAAAAAUAUUUUUUUGUGCAAAGAUGACUUUUUCCAUGUUAAAUGUUGUGCACAUGUGUUGAACCUAAUUAUACAAGAUCGAAUCAACUUAAUAGAUAGUUCUAUACAAAAGGUUCGAGAUAGUGUAAAAUUUGUGAAAAGUUCUCAAUCAAGAAAGAUAAGGUUUAUGGACAGUUGCAAGCAAUUGAGAAUCGCAUCUAACAAGGCCUUGAAUGCAGAUGUGAUUACCCAAUGGAAUUCCACCUACCAUAUGCUUGAGGAUGUAAUCUUUUAUCGUGCAACCUUUGAAAAUUUAGUGGUUCUUGAUCUCAGAUACAAGUUGACUAUAGUGGAAUGGACAUAUUCUAGGAUUUGUGGGAGUAAAGAGGUAGUUGAAGAGGUUGUUUCACGUCUCAAGACAGCAUUGUACCGAAUUUUUGAAGCAUACAAGAGCAUGUCAAAUGUUGAAGAUCAUAUAAGUAAUGUUGCUGAAGAGGAAGAUGACUAUAUGGAGGUAAUUACUGGUUCAGACAAGUCUGACCUGAAUCAAUAUUUAGAGGAGUCACCAAAGGCUAAUUCCAAGGAAUUUGAUAUUUUAACAUAUUGGAAGGGAUGUGAGCAACAAUUUCCUAAUCUUGCUCGGAUGGCACGUGAUAUUCUGGCAAUUCCUAUCUUCACUGUUGCAUCCAAGUUGGCUUUUAGCCUAGGCGUCGAUCCCUAUGCUGAUGUCGAUGAUUUGGUUGAUGCAUUGAGCAAUGUACUUACAAUUGCUACUCCAACUGAACGAUGUACGACUACCUCCCAGGUUGAUGUGUGA